UGUCGCAUCUGCAAUCGACCACAUCCUCUUCGAUUAUGCCGAAAGUUUUUAGCGAUGAAUAUAUCCGAUCGUAUAAGUGCUGUUCGUAAGAACAAGUACUGUUCUAACUGUUUAGCACACGAUCAUUCCAAAGGUACAUGCUUCUCCAAACAUGGAUGUAAGCAUUGUAGCAAAUUUCACCACACGUUACUCCACGUUAACCCUAGAUUGGUUAAAGACCUCUUACCUGCAAAUCAAUCUCGUUCACCAUCUCCCGAUCCGACUCCGUCUACUUCUUCAAAAUCUCGAAAGUCGACAAACGAUAAUCCAUCUCCAGCUAAGUCCAAUCCGAAUCCAACCUCCUUGACUCAAAUUAUCCGCCAGAACACUCUAAUCCUUCUUCCUACUGUCCUAGUAAAAAUCGGAUCCACAACGUCCCACGCUCGUUGUUUACUAGAUUCUGGGUCGGCAAUUAGUCGCGUUUCUAAGAGGUUGAUCGAUAAACUGGAAUUGACAGCGUAUUCACUGCAAGGAGAGACUAUAUGCCCACUUGUUUUGAAAUCGAGAUACGAUUCUAAUUCGAAUAUUGAAGGCACUUUUCGGGUUGACAAUCGUAUAACGAUACAUACUCCAACACAAUUAUUACCCGAAUCAUAUAAAAAGAACUUUAGAGACCUUUUCCUAGCUGACUCAAAGUUCUACGAAUCUGCGGCCAUUGACAUUGUCAUCGGUGUUGACAUUUAUCCAAAGGUCAUAUGCCAAGGCGUUUUUUCUAGAGUAGGCUUUCCGACAGCGCAAAGUACCAUAUUUGGAUGGGCCAUUUAUGGUCCUUGCUCAUUAUAA